CGGUGUGGCACGCGAUUUGGUCAAAGGAUAUGUCCAAGUGUCCUGCACAUUUGGCUUCUGCCGUGCAGGCCUUGCAGAGUCUCCCUCUAGGUCAUCCCUCUUUUCAAUGGCCACCUCUUCGUUUUCCCGAUGACGUCGUUCCGCAGCCCCCGUCGACCGUUGCCGCCUUGCAAGUGGCGCCAUCUCCAUGUGCACCACUUGCUCCCCUCCCCCCUCGUCCGCUUCGUCAGACGAUUCCCGCAUCCGUUGAUGGCAGACCAUYUGUGGCAACGCAGCCUGAUGUGCAAGGCACCGUGCCAGUUUUAGGUGUCGGGGAACCUGUGCCAUUCGACAAGCAAGGCACUCGUGCUUUCGUCGAGGGCGGUGGGUGGGGGAAGGACGCUGGCACAUCAUCAGGCCUUGCCCCGUUGUUCACUGGCAACAGGGACAAGGUCCCAAGAGUUCGACGCACAGACACACGUCUGGCCGUGGCAGGAGCACCCGCAACAGGACAUCAAUCCGCCGCGUAUCCAUGGUUGCCUCCCCCUCCUUCGCAAACACGACGGCCUACACCAGACUUGACUUCGGCACCUGUUGGCGAGGCCGCUGCAACGGCCACUAAGGGUGCGGGAAACGUCCAGCUCGACGAGCCCGUCCAGGUUUCGGAUUCGUCACCCACUCCUGUGCCCGUGAACGGCCCGACCUCGCAGCACGGUGUUUUUAGGACACUGGAUCCUUUACAGAAUCUGCGCAACAUUGCAGCUUCGAGUCCAGGCCCCACCGCAUCACCUGCGGCCGGGGGCGGGGUGUGGGAUUCGCUUGGUAUGGGCGUCGGUGCACGAGUGAGGGGCACUUACAGGCAGCAGGCGGUGACCUCGUAUUACAACGACCCGCUGGAGCACGCAUGRCACCUGCAGAUCAUGCGAUUCAUUGUCGAGAGCGGCAUGCCGUUCAACUGUGUGAAGCUUGAGAGCUUCAAACGCAUGUUGACGUUGAUCAUCCCGCCUGGGGUUCCAGGAGUCCCCACCCCAAAACCCCCAACGUAUCACAUGAUCUGUACCACACUUUUGGAUGAGCUUGAUGUGGAAGUCCAAAAAUGUGUGAAACCUGUCCUCGCUACUGCAGCUACCUACGGUUGCACGAUAAUGACAGACGGUUGGACCAACAUUCGGGGCCAAAUGUUGUGCAAUUAUCUCGUCGGCACUACACGGGGCGCCACAUACGUCGCGACAGAUGUUAUGCGAGGCAAGAAGGAUGCCACUGCUCUGGCGCAGGCUUGGCUGCGAAGGUUGAAGUCCCUUGACAUCAAGCUCGCCGACAUCACCGCUUUCGUCACAGACUCUGCCAGUUCGAACGUUUCUGCGAUGGAGGUGUUCCAGAAGGAUGAGAGUGUCAAACACAUCUUCUGGAUUCCUUGUGUGGCACACGUCAUGGACCUUAUCCUUGAGGACAUCGGCAACAUUGACUGGGUGGCGACCCGCAUUGCUCAGGCGCGUUUGGUCACAAAGUUUUUCAAGCGUCAUAGCCACGCUCGCGAAGUUUUGCAAGCUUUCACGACGAAGGCUCUGCUGCUUCCCGCCGAGACUCGCUUCGGUACGCAUGUGAUUAUGAUGCGACGACUUCUUCUGCUGCAAUCGCAUCUUAUGYAGGUGGUCGUUGAUGAUCGAUGGAAGGACAYUGUUUGGUCAASGAAGAAGAUUCGAGACGACGCYGCGGAGGUCACAACAUGUGUCGGUUGUCCUCAAUGGUGGGAGGAUAUGAGAGCGCUGUGCAAGUUGUUGGAUCCCAUCAUGGACAUGCUGCAGAUGAUGCACAGCGACACGAGGCAGAUUGGCAAGAUUUUGCGUCGGUACGACGAGAUGAUCGCGCGUUGUUUGUCUACAUGUGCCGCUUUGGAGAAGGACGAGAAGGACGCGCUGCUUGAAGUGUUUGACAGACGCCGCACCAUGUUCAAGUCGCCUGCUCAUGUUGCUGCCAUGAUGUUGGACCCCGAGUUUCGAGACCGCACGAUGCCAGAUGACGAGGAGAUGCAGCACGGUUUGAAACUCGCUCUGAUUCAGUUUGGGUACCCGGAACAUUCGGAUCAGCACACCGAGGUCCUCACUGCCAUUGACAAGUUCCAUUCCAGGGAGCCGACGUUCGACGAUGUGGCCAUGGACCGGGUGGCGAGGAGCUAUACCCAUCCAGCAUGUUUCUGGGAGUCGAAGGAGAAGAGGUUCCCGCACACGGCCUUCUUCGUUGUGGGGAGAGGCGAAAGUUCUUUGGUUGAGAGGAGGGGAAAGAGGGGGGGUAUUUGGAAUGGAAGAGGCAAUAAAGGCGUUUGAUAGUGUGAAAGGUUUAGGCGUCUUGCUCAUUGCAUCUCUGGAAUGGCGUCGUACAACACUCCCGUUGGCGUCGCACAUCACUCCCGUUUAGCUAUGCCUUGUCCUUUAUACACUAGAAUCAAAACGUUACCAUGAG